GCUCCGGCAAUGCGUCUCGCCCACUUACAUCUUACGAAGCCCAUCUCGUACGUACGCUCUUUAGCUUUGCAGGACGCUCUUCUACAUCGGCACUUUGACUUUAAAGACAGUCUACGAGCUAGGAGAAGCCUCCGAAGUGGCGUUUCCGGCGAACCAGACCAGAGCAGAGUCGAUAUCAAGGGACCAACGAACGACCCUUCCGGUCUCGUACCCGCACCAUUUCCCAACUUUGUUUCAAAACGGACCGAGACCACUCGUACGAAAAGGAAUCUUGCUCCUGCCCCUUUGGAAACCUCAACCUCAACCUCAACAUCAUCCUCUUCUUCAUCGCUCUCCUUCGCCGCCACCACUGACAACCCGGGUGCUGAGCACAGCAGUCCAAAUCCCCCAGACCCAACUCUCAUCACCUUCUCAACCACUCCCACUUAUACAGUCGGUCGUCGCCACCUCCAGACCAACCCCAUCUCGCCGUCGCAACAGGCAUUUUUGUCUGCAUCGGGCGCUGCCACCUUCCAUGCCUCUCCCCGUGGGGGCCUCUUGACCUAUCAUGCUCCCGGUCAGCUGACAGGAUAUGUUGUGGCGGACCUGCGACGUCAUGGAAUUUCCCCUCGGUGUUGGAUCCAGAUGCUGGAGGACUGCGUCAUGCACACUUGUGCAGCCUUCGGUGUGCGCGACACCACCCGCACUGAUGAUCCUGGAGUCUGGAUAAAGGGGUCCGAUCGUAAGAUCUGUGCUAUUGGAGUCCAGGUUUCCAGAGGCAUCACCAGCCACGGAGUUGGUUUCAACAUUUUUGACCACUCGAUUCCUCCGGACAUGGCCUCCACUUUCGCCUUUACCCCCACACAGAUCAAGUCGCCAUCCUACUCGCCCCUCACAAAGGGUUUUCUCUCCUGGGGGUUUAGUCGGGUGAUCGCGUGCGGACUCGAGGGCAAGAGUGUUACAUGGUUAGACCGCGAAAAGGGCGACCAACAAACCGCCACAAAUCCAACCCACAUCCCCCACAUCGCCGAUGAAUUUGCAGUGCAGAUUUCCCGCCACAUCAAUCGAAUGAGAUCCAACGGCAAAGAGGAAAUCUCGGCCGUCUACACCAUCAGCGAAGCCGACCUUGGCCUUUGAGAAUCAUGUUGCCUUCCAAAUUUGCGGUGUGAUGGUGGGAGCUACCCCCUUGGACGCCACUGCCCAGCGACAGAUGCCACCAUUCAGUGUCGCCAAGCCUAGCCAAUUGCGAUGAGCCAGCAGGCUCUUGAAAGAGUUCGUUGGCCUCGCGCCAUCGAUCAGGCGAUGCACGGUGCACGACCGACUACCUGUCCAAGUAGCGGAUCCUUUUCGUUCCGAAAUCUACGAGUGCGAGGCAUACGACCCCAAGGGGCCGCCCAGCCUCUCCUGUCUCCCCAUGUGUGCAUUUCUCUCUAUGACUCGUCACUUGGCCAUGUUCAUGGAUGAUUUACAAGGUGACAAGAAUAAUGGCCCCAGUUACGAGGAUGAUGGUAUCUUAGUGGUAAUGAUCAGAGUGAGAAUGAUAAGGAUUAGCAGUUGGCAUCAUUAAUCAACGGGACUAACCACCGGCAUCAGCAAACAUCCCCCAUGCAUCAACGCCAAGCCUGCUCAUGUGCCCUCAAA